GCUUCUUGGGACAGGUUUGAUUUGAUCUUCUGGUGGAUUGUGUGGGGCGGUAUAUAAAAACCGAACGUAUUAUCUCAUCUUCAUUCGAGUUCGAUUCUUCGUUCUAGUCGGUAACACUAGGUUUUUUUGUUCUGCAGCAGACAAUGCGCGCCAUUGUGCUAUUCUCCGCCUGUCUGGCGCUCGCCUCCGCCGACAUCGGCCUGAAGCUGCGUCAAGCCGCCGCCGCCAGUGGCAAGAGCGUGUCCAGCUACGAUGUCGGGCAAGGUUCCGUUUCAGUAGACUACUCCCCGGCUAGCUUCGAUCAGACCGUUUUGGGUGAUGCCGCUGAAGCCCGAUCUGGAUUCUCUGGAGCCGUCUCCGGUGCCAACGCCAAUGCCUUCUCCAGCAGCGGUGCCAACGCUUACGGUGGUGCCCAAUACGAUGCCGGAUUCCAGGCUGGACUUGCUGCCGGACGCGCUGCCCUAGCCGCUUCCAGUGCCUCCUCCAGUGCCUCCUCUGGCUCCAACUCUGGCUCGUUCGGUGGUCGAUUCGGUGGAUCUAGUUCCUUCGGUGGAGCUGGUGCCAACGCUGUUUCCGGAGCUGGAGCUGGUGCUUUCGGUGGUGCUUCCGGUUUCGGUGGUGCUUCUGGUUUCGGCGGUGCUUCCGGUUUCGGAGGUGCCUCUGCCUCUGCCAAGGCUUCCGCUGGAUCCAAGGUCCGUUACAUCACCAAGCCCGAGAUCGUCAAGAAGCACUUCUACUACCACGUCGCCCCUGAAGCCGAGGCCGAAGCCGAAGCCGAAGCCCGCGUUGAGAUCCAACCCCAGACUCACUACAAGGUUCUGUUCAUCAAGGCCCCGUCCGUGUCUGCUGGAGCCGCUGCCCGUGCCGCUGCUCGUACCCGCACCCAGGAGAAGACCAUUGUCUACGUGCUGGUCAACAAGCCAGAAGCCGAAGGAAAGUCCGCCGCCGAUGCCGCCGUCGAUACCUACGCCAGUGCCAAGCCCGAAGUCUACUUCAUCAAGUACCAGGGCAAGAACGCCGGAGCCGGUGCCUCUGCUUCCGCUGGAGCUUCUGCUGGUGCUUCCGCUGGUGCCUUCGAUGCUUCCAACGUCGGAGCAUUCGACGGAUCCUCGUCCUUCCUGUCCGGUGCCGAUGCUGAUGCUGCUGUUGCUGCUUUCGGUGGCGCUUCGUCCGGAGCUUCCGCCUCGUCCUUCGAUGCCAGCGCCGGUGGAACCACCUUCGGCAGCACCCCAACCUUCCUCGCCUCCAGCGCUGACGCUUCCGCCUCGAGCGGUGCCUUCUCGGGCGUCCGUACCGAUGCCGUCGAUAGCCAAUCCGUCGGAGAUGCUGGAUACACUGCCGGAUUCACCGCUGGUGCUGCCGCUGCCGGUGCCUCGGCCGGAUCUUCCUCGUUCGAUGGUGCUUCCUACGAUGGUGCCUCCUUCGGUGGUAGCUCCACCCUGAGCUCGCUCAACUUCUAAAUACCCCGGAACCCCCCAAGCAAUGACUAAACAUGACAACGAAUCGUGGAAGAAUGACAACCAAACAACACACACACACACAGGGACACUCUUAGGGACAAAUAAAAUAGGUUUAUUUUUUUCUUUAGGACCCUUCAAACGCGAAAUGAGCGCGAAUGUACGAGAACGAGUGCGCGAGAGCUAGCUAGAUAGAGAUAGAACAAGAAUCAUGUUCCAAAUACGACUGCCAUAAUAGGACAAACAAAAAAAAAAAAAAACGAGAGAGAGAGAAAGCGAGAGAAGCCAACUUUGUACCAUACGAUAAGCCUUGUGAGAUUACUAUUUUCUAAUGACCCGGAAAAUAUAAGUUGUAAAUUGUA